AUGAUUUAGCCAUUUAGAAGAACCCUGAAUAUUCUGACUAUUAUUUUAACAAAGAAAAUUGAUAGAUUAGAAACAGCAGUGGAAUAAUAUGAUUUAGCCAUAUAGAAAAAUCCUGAAAAUUCUGACUAUUAUUUUAACAAAGCUAUUGUUUUAUAUAAACUUAAUAGAUUUGAAGAAGCAUUGGAAUUCUAUGAUUCAGCUAUUUAAAAAAACACCUAAAUUUCAGACUAUUAUUUUAGCAAGGCAAAUGCACUAAAAAGAUUGAAAAGAUUUGAAGAAGCAUUGGAAUUCUAUGAUUCAGCUAUUUAAAAAAAUCCACAAGAUUCUGAUUAUUACAACAACAAAGCUAUUACCCUAGAUUUAAUUGAUAGAAUUGAAGAAGCUUUAGAACAUUUUGAUUAAGCUAUUUAGAUAAAUCCUGAAGACUCUACCUUUUAUUUUAACAAAGCUAAUAUAUUAUAUAAAAUGGAUAAAUUUGAAGAAGCCUUGAAAUAUUAUGGUUUAGCCAUUUAGUUAGAUCCCUAAGAUUCAGAUUAUUAUAACAGCAAAGCCAAUACUUUAUAGAAAAUAUAUAGAUUUGAAGAAGCUUAGAUAUAUUAUGAUUUAGCUAUUUAGUUAAACCCUUCAGAUGUAAAGCAUAAUACUGUAAAUUAAAUCUUCGAAGAUUCUAAGUACAAUACCUUCAGUUGA